UAUUUAUUGAAUAUGUGUACUAUAAGGCUGUUAGUAACAGCAGCCCUGUUGGGAAUCUGUUCAGCAGCCCGUUUGGACAGCACGUAUCUUCCUCCAGGUGGUAAUGGCAAUGGUAAUGGUAAUGGCAACGGUAAUGGUAAUGGCAAUGGUAAUGGUAAUGGAGGAAAUGGAAACGGAAAUGGUAACGGAAAUGGUAACGGGAAUGGAAACGGGAACGGAAAUGGAAAUGGAUAUGGAAAUGGAAAUGGCGGUAACGGUAAUGGUGAAAUAAUACCUAUAAUUUCUUACGAAAACGUAAACAAUGGCGAUGGAAGUUAUAAAUGGAGUUACGAAACAGGGAAUGGAAUAAAAGCCGAAGAAGAAGGGGAACUAAAAGGAGCUGGAACAGACGAAGAAAUUCAAUCAGCAGUAGGGUCAUUCUCAUAUACAGCACCAGACGGCACUGAAAUCAAAAUAGAGUAUACAGCUGAUGAUAAUGGAUUUGUACCAGUAGGCGAUCAUCUUCCAACACCACCGCCUAUUCCUCCAGAAAUUUUAAAAUCUCUUGAAGAAAACGCGGCCGAAGAAGAAAAUGGUAAUGGCAACGGAAAUGGAAAUGGAAACGGAAAUGGCUAUGCAAACGGUAAUGGCAAUGGAAAUGGAAACGGCUAUGCAAAUGGUAAUGGCAAUGGAAAUGGAAACGGUAACGGAAACGGUAAUGGAAACGGUAAUGGUAACGGUAAUGGAAAUGGUAACGGCAACGGAAAUGGUAAUGGUUAUAGAUAUUAAGCAGAUAGUUGAAAUGAAAGGACGUUUGUUACUUCCUGGGGCUACAACACCAUUAUAUGUUUUAAGUUGUUUAUUUUAGUAUAUAUUUUAAUUUAUUUAUUUAAUAAGCUACCUGACUCAGUGCUAAAAUAGUCAUUUUUGAGAAAAAUGAUAGUUACGCUUAUUGUAACAUUAGUUGACGACUUUGCAAUGAAACUGGUUACUGAGUAAUUAUAUGUGAUUGUAUUAUUGCUCUA